UGUAACCCUGUGUGUGUGUGUCUCAGUGUGUAACCCUGUGUGUGUGUGUCUCAGUGUGUAACCCUGUGUGUGCGCGCGCUCGCUCUCCGCUCUUCCUCGGCUGCUGUCGGAUUUUCUCUCUCUGGACUCUGAAGGACCAUGUCCCCCUCCAGCUGCAGGACUCUCUCCGCUCCUCUUCAGGGUUACUACCUGACAUGAAGUACUGAAGUGUGAGGACGCAGCGCCCCCUGCUGGACUCCCGCUGCACCUGCAGGCCAUGGCUGAGCCCAGCUACUCCGACCUGAUUGCCAAACACUACAACUACACCGGAAAGUUCCGCAAGACGCAGCAGGACUCGGGCCUGAAGGCCGACUCGGUGGUCUUCAUCAUCGUGUGCUGCUUCAUCAUCCUGGAGAACAUCCUGGUCCUCGCCACCAUCUGGAGGACCAAGAAGUUCCACAAGCCCAUGUACUACUUCAUCGGGAACCUGGCGCUGUCCGACCUGCUGGCCGGCGUCGUCUACACCGCCAACAUCCUGCUGUCGGGCGCCAACACCUACAAGCUGACGCCCACGCAGUGGUUCUUCAGGGAGGGCAGCAUGUUCGUGGCGCUGGCGGCGUCCGUCUUCAGCCUGCUGGCCAUCGCCAUCGAGCGCCACCUCACCAUGUUGAAGAUGAAGCUACACAACAACGGCAACACCUGCCGCGUCUUCCUGCUCAUCAGCACCGUGUGGAUGAUCGCGGCGGUGCUGGGCGGCCUGCCUGUGAUUGGCUGGAACUGCAUCCGCAGCAUGACGCAGUGCUCCACCGUGCUGCCGCUCUACCACAAGACCUACAUCCUGUUCUGCACCACCGUCUUCAGCGUCAUCCUCAUGGCCAUCGUGGUGCUCUACGCUCGCAUCUACGCGCUGGUGCGCACUCGCAGCCGCAAACUCGUCUUCCGCAAGGUGUCCAACGGCCGCGGCAACGCCGGCGCCAACAUCAAGAGCUCAGAGAAGUCGAUGGCGCUGCUGAAGACCGUCAUCAUCGUCCUGAGCGGCUUCAUCGCCUGCUGGGCGCCGCUCUUCAUCCUCCUGCUACUGGACGCGGCCUGCGAGACGCUGAGCUGCCCGAUCCUCUACAAGGCCGAAUGGUUCCUGGCGCUCGCCGUCCUGAACUCCGCCAUGAACCCGCUCAUCUACACGCUGACCAGCAACGAGAUGCGCCGCGCGUUCCUCAAGACGCUGCUGUGCUGCACUUCCUGCCUCCGCCCCAACGCCAAGUUCACCGGGCCAAUCAUGGGGGCCGAGUUCAGCCGCAGCAAGUCGGAUAACUCCUCCCACCCCAACAAGGAGGAGGCCGAGUACUCGCCAAGGGAGACGACGGCGGCGUCCUCGGGGAACGUCACCUCAACGUCCUAAAUGCCAGAAUGCUCGGCCACCAACGAGUCGUAGAGUCUCAGACGUAGAGUUUGUUUGUACAGGAAACAGGUGUGAACGGCGCCCGGUGAUGUCAUCACGGACCCAUCUGAACCUUCAGCUGAUCCGGACUCACACAGCACUUACGGAGACUUUCAAACCGGUUAAACUGGGACCAGCGACCCUCAGAAACAGAAGGUCCACACUUUUUAGAAGCUCACACCUGUAACGUGUCGCCGAGUCCGUCAGAACGCGUCAGCACACCUGCAGCUGGUCUCACUGCUGGAUCUCAGCUGGUCCGGGUCCAUUCAGGGCCCGGUCAGACCAGAGGACGCUUCCCUGACGGGGCUGUUCAAGCGUGAUGUAAUAGUGAAAGAGUUGUGAUGCGGUGUUACUGAAUAACAGAUCUGAGCUUCGUAGAAAGUAGAACCAGACUUUACUGACCCUCUAAGAACUAGAACCUGUAGCGCUUAAACACACAGCUGUCAGAUAUUUAAGAAAAACAAACUCAUUCAUGAAAAUGUUCUUUUCUUUCACGUCACAUGAAUUCAGAGCUCAGGUGCAUCUCGCUCUCUGUCCAGUGUUCCAGUUUUCACACCUGACUUCAGAGGGAGAACCACGAUGUAAGAUCCCCGUCCGUCCUCGGGUCUCGUUACGUUGAAAUCAGUUAAUGAGGUAACGAAUCAUAAAAUAAGGACGGUUUCUCCACGUUAAAUAUGACUCACCUGUAGGCGUCCUGCCUUCUUCCUGGAGGCUGUUGAUGUUUGCAGCCUGAGAGGAAGCCUGCAGACACGACUCAGGGCUGAGAAAGUUACCUUCACAUCCUUUUCUCCUGAAAACACAUGAAUGAAAGAUAAGGCAGAAAAGGAAAGUCGUGAUCUGCAGCGAGGCGUCAGGACAGGAAACACAGAUCUGUAGUGGAGAUGAAGGACGUGUGCGUCCUUUUUACACAUUUCUUAUCAUUUAUAUUAAACAUGUAUAAAACACUAAGUCAUCGAGUCUCAGAAGCACCUGAACUUUGAUUUUAUGAGUUUCUGUUGUGACAUUUUUGUAAAAAGGUAACUGUGUAAAAGUUUAGAAACUGUUGGUCAGAAUGUCUUUUCUACUUCCCGUCUGUGUUGUUGUUGUUGUUGUUGUUGUUGUUGUUGGCAGUAGUGACGUCAGUAGAGUCGGAUUAAUUUAUAUUUGAAACCAUACAGAAAAACAUUUUGUUUGUCAGAUAAAUGAAAGAAGGUUUUUUGUUCAGUCGUGUUUUAGAAAUACGGAAGCUCGUUUCUGCCAAGAAAAAAACUGUCAAACAUAAAAUAAAUUCAACAAUAAAACUUUGUUCUACAUGUUCUGGAGCUUUUCAGCAGAUCACAUGAUCUUCAGCAGCAGCUCAGCCUUUGGAUCAGAAGUGGAAAUUCAAACAUUUACAAUUUUAUAACAACUGAUAAACUCCAUCUGCAGAGGAAGCUCAUGUGAAAUGAAUGAAAGCUCCAGGACAGGUACUAAAUGGACCUUGUGCUGAAACUGUUCCACAUGAUUUACCUGUAAAAUAUUAAGUGAGUCACCACCAACAGAUGAUCUUCAGUUUUUAAGCUGCCGCUCAGAACCUCAUAGAGAAAUUUAAUGUUUUAAGUAUCAUAACGUUUCAGCAGGAACGAGCUUCCAUACAGAUCAGACUCUGUUACCAUCGUGACCAAUUCUCCUUCGAUUUCCGUCUGCUAUCAGGAGCUGAUCGAUUAAUCCGUUAAUGUCCGUGUUUGUUAUCAGACAGCCUGAACUCUGCGUGUGUGUCUGCACUGUUUAACUCCUGGAUGUUGGUUUAUUAGCGCUUAAUAAAGACAAGUAGAAACACAC